CCAUCGAGAAUCCUCUAUCAAUUUUUUGAAAUCCGUUGUAGGAUCACCGGGUUUGCUGCACAGAUCAAAACGGUGAUGGCCACCAUCACUAGUGGUCAUUACAACGGCCUCGGUCAUGACACUCGCCACGUUGUCUCUCGAAACUGUGUGAAACUCACUGGGCUCGUCUAGAUGCCCGGUAUAAAGCGCAGCACUUGUUUCUAUGUCGUCCUUGAGCCCGCAGGGUUUCACAAUCGUGGUGCUCGAUACCCCCGAGGUAGACAAAAAUGUUUCGGCGUUGAGUUUCCAGAACAAAAUGUCUCCAAUCCUGGAAGUGGAUGGCGGUCUGGUGGUCCCCAUGCUGCUACAGAGCACUACCCUAGGUGCCCCGCCGUUCGUGCUCGCCGUUCCGGACCGUUUCGUGGCAAUCGCUCGGACCGAGUUAACCACUCCUUCGAACUCAACGGCACGCUGGACUUCCUUCGAGACUCCGGGACCCGCACCCGCAGCAAUGGCGAGGACCGUCACCUUCCCAUCCCUUGCAGCGCUCUCGAGACCGUCCUGUUUCGUGACGUCGCCAAUGUAGAUGCCUUCCGAUUCGUCGCAAGCCUCGCAUCCUAGAAUAUCCCUGGCCUUUGCACGGUCCCUCACCAGAGCCCUCACCUCGGCAAUAGCGACUUCGUCGUAUACUUUCAUCUUCCGUUUCUGUUGGAUUUCUUUGCGUUGUUUCAGAGAAAGAUACAACCUGGAUCCCAAACGCCCUGUCGCGCCGGUAACCAAAACUACUGCACCUUCGUUGUUUCCGGUAUUAUUAGCAACCGCUGAAAAAACAGCAGUCGAAUUAAAACUCGCAUGAAAU